AUGGCGGAGACCGGCGAAGCGCAGCUGCCGGCGACGGUGGCAGAGGCCUUUGCGCAGACCGCCAAGGCGCUGGAGCAAUUCAAGAUUGAGCGGGUGCGGAUUGAGGGGCUCAGCAGCAGCAGCAGCAGGGGCGGUGAUGACGGGGCGGUCAGGACAAUUACGGAGCAGGAGUUUAUGCGGGAGUUUGUCUUUCACUCCCGCCCGUGCGUUAUCAUCGGAGCACUGGAUGAGUGGCCGGCGAUGGAGCGCUGGCGCGACGACCGUUAUCUCUUCGAUCUUGAUGGCCAUCUACCGGCUGUGCAGAACGGAGACGAAGGAGGUGUGGACGCUGGUAGUAGUGGCGAUGGUGAUAAUAGCGACUGUUCGUGCACUGGUGCCGAGGCUGAAAAGGAGCGCGAUGGCAAGAAGCGAGUGACGGUUGCGCUGACGCCCAACGGUCGCGCUGAUGCAGUAACAUAUUUGACGUACCGCGAGAAUGAGGAGGAGGAGGUGGUGGCGGAGGAGCUGCAGCAGUGGAAGGAAGGGGUGGAGAGGGAUGAAGGAGGCGACAGCGAUGGAGUCGUGACAGCCAAGUUGUUCAUGUGCGCUGCGGAGAUCCGUGUGUCGCUGCCCGAGUUGUACGAACUCCUGCGCGCCAACNAGUCGUGA